AUGCUCAGGCAGAGCUGCUACCCGCACUCACCAUACCUCUACCUCUACCUCAGGAUGGUCUUUGCGAUACGCGUACAGUCUCUAGUGUUCGCCGUCGCGCUCGCGUCCAGCGCCACGGCGAACUGGCUGCCCCUCCGACGCACGCCGGCUCUCUCGACGCGCGACGCCCCGAAUAACCUCGCACCCGGCUCGUUCACGAACUGCACGUCGUACACGACGGUGGUGUCGGGCGACACGUGCUCGAUGCUGGAGGCCGCGGCCAACAUCUCCUUCAGCGACCUGCUUCGAUGGAACCCGGAGCUCAAUACUGGCUGCACGAACCUUGCGGCUCAAGAAGCGUACUGCGUCGGUGGCGGAGGCGACGCGUGCUCCAGCCUCUACACCGUCGUCUCAGGGGACACCUGCUUCUCCGUGGAAACUACCGAGGGGCUCACCGCGGCGCAACUGCUGGCCCUCAACCCGUGGCUAGAUUCGAGCUGCGACCUCGAGACCGGCGAGGUGCUGUGUGUUGGCGCGGCGCCGACGUCGACCGUCGCCUCUGGCACGAGCUCGGUGACACUGACGUCGACGUUCACGGUCACGGCCUCGUCCUCGGCGAUAGCGUCCCCGUCCUCGUCCUCGGCAGUAGCGUCCUCCUCGGCGAUAGUGUCCCCCUCCUCGUCCUCGGCGAUAGCGCCCCCGUCCUCGUCCUCGGCGAUAGCGCCCCCGUCCUCGUCCUCGGCGAUAGCGCCCCCGUCCUCGUCCUCGGCGACAGCGUCCCCGAUGCCUACGAACAUCGCGGGCGGCAGCUGGACCAACUGCACUACGUACUACACGGUGCAGACCGGCGAUUCGUGCACCAGCAUUGAUACGAGCUACAAGAUCGCCUUCAGCGACUUCCUGCGCUGGAACCCCGAGGUUUCGUCGAAUUGCGAUGAUCUCGAGGUGAACGAGGCGUACUGCGUCAAGGGCUCGCCCGCGUGCAGCAAGGUCUACACGGUUGCCAGCGGUGACUACUGUGCCGAGAUCGAGUCCGACUACGGGCUCACUGCCGCACAGCUGUAUGCGCUGAACCCGUGGCUCGACUCCGCCUGUGACUUGGAGGUCGGUGAGAAUCUCUGCGUGGGGUAG